UAUACAUGUAAGCAAAAUGGAGGGGCACUACUGGUACUCUUACUCUCUUAGCUAUAUGGCACUCAGCAACACACCAAGUAGCAGCAUGCACUCGAUGGCUACUGCUGUGUUGGUUGCUCUGCUGGUAGCGUCCGCUCUUGUCUCGUCCACCUAUGCUGAGUUCGGAAAAAUGGAGUGCAUCGGUGUAAAUUAUAACUGCAACCAAUUUCCAGGAUCCCGAAAGUGUGGAGAUUCGUGCAGAGACAAGGCCCGCUCCCAGGGCAGUAGCAGUUACAGCUCAAAAUGCCAACCUGCAGUUGCGCCGUUCCAGUGUUGCUGCACCGUCAAGGAUCCACACCACCCGUGGCCUCCAAGCUCCUAAAUAAAUAUAUAUAUAUAUUGGAAUAUAUAUAUGUAGCGUCCUUUUGGCCGCCGAGAUAUGCUGGAUCAGCCUACCUUAUAUCUAAUACAGUACCUAAUAUAUAUAAAUAAAAAUAUAUAAAGAGAGUGGCAGUUCUUGAGA